AUGGCGACACUAGCAUCUAUCCCCGAAGCAAGCACCUCGCUAUCGGGCGGACGCGCUGUGAGGCCACCGCGGCAACAUCGUCGGACAGCAUCAUUCGAGAGGAUACGCCCACGUUCUCGCGUUGUCGUUCUCUCGCGGCGCCCAAGUCGCGCCCGCCAUCUGGCCCAGCCACCACCUCCGCGGCCGCCAACCCAUGACACACGCCGUCACGCCGAUGCUGCCGGUGGAAGCGUCCCGGGUGCGUCCCCUGGUUUACGACAACACCAUGGCCACUUGAGGAUCCCGCACAAGCCAUCCGCAAGCCUGGGCGAGUCCGGGUCUCGCAUGUGCGAUACCGACCAUGUGUUGGAAACAUCCCUGUCCGAUGUCGACCUGGAUUCGUUUCCGCUUCCACCCGCUCAUGGCAUGCCUCAAGCACGCCGCAUUGAUCACGUCAGCCUUGCAACGCGAACAGAAAACACCAACAUGAGCUCCUCCGCCAAGCAUCCUGCCACAAUCACCCACACGCAACCAAGGAACGCGAGGUCCAAAUGCACUUCUGGCCCCCAUCUUGGUUUGGCCAGUGUUGCAGCCGCCGGCGUUGCUCGGUCCUCGAAGCAUUCCUCCGUUGACUCCACGCUUGUGGAAGCAAUAUCAAGGGCCGUGGUCCAACAGCUUCGCCUAUUCUCUGCCAUCAAACAGGGAAAGCAAGCUUUUACCCGCUCUGAGGGAGCAAAUGCGUCUAGUCCAUUCGCACCCGACUCCCAAUCCAGAACUUCUACUCAGCGUGAUAGGUUGGAUAGAUUUACCAAGGACCUACACACGUAUGUCGAGGAUAUGAGCGUCAAGGGCAAGAGAGUCCAGUCAACUCCAUCUGCUACGGCAAAGUCUGGCGACACUCUGCACACCGUUUCGGCACUUAUGCCAUUCCGGCCAGAGUUCCGUGCCGCGGGGCUCGCGGUGACGUCCAAGGACCAAGCAAGGCCUCGAGCCAAGGCAGAGCAGCGGUGGCUACCGAACCAACAUGCGCAUGCCGCUGAACGACGACGCCCGGAGCCUUCACAAUAUGAUGGGCCCCCCGGAAGGGAGUCGAGCUCCAGCGCAAACACGGAAAUAGCCUUUACAAGGCCUCAAGAUAUGGACGAGUGGACAUAUGCGCUCAUUGACGAGGCGCCGGCCCGCAAGCAGAGGCUACACAGGCACGGCACGAAGCAGAAGAAGGCCAAGAGUCAUUGUCUUCCAUGCUUCCCAGGAAGCUCGGAUCUGACUCCAGACACCGAUUGGGCACACUUUAGGCCGCCCCCGGUCAGCAGCGUGCCCAAGCCAAGGCCACUGGCUGGUCCAGUUUCAAGGAUGCCGGCAACCAAGGCUCCACAUCCGCCGAGAAGCUUGCAACGUGCAAAAGAUGUCUCGAAUCCCCUAGAUCCGAUGAAACGUCCCCGGGAGAGAGCAAACGGGCGGGUCGCCGAGAAGCAGUCCUCUCAAGACUUCCAGCGCAAGCGACCAGAGGCGGCUCCGGGUUGGCGCGUGCCAUCUUCAGUGAGAAGGGAUGAUGCAGAGGGGAGUGGCCGAGGCGGCUUCUCACAUGGAAAGUCAACCCCGAAAGUAGGCGACGAUGCGCGGCCGGACCCUCGCCCUCUCCGUUCUCAAUCGGACCGCGCACGCCUGGAUCGCGACGCUAAACAAUUUGAGCGCGAGCUUUUGUCUCCCCGGCCAUAUCAGAGCCUUCCAGGUCACGACAUGCCUGUAGCCAUGGGACGCUCUCAGCCUAGCCGCGCGCCGGGCAAACCACGAUCGGGCGAGGCGGACCUGAAUGUUGAGAGUGAUGGCCAAUGCUACCCAAUGUCAAGCUUGGAGGAAGAGCUGGAAAGGACGGCCCGUCUGGUGGCGGCCACGAAGGCACCCACUGGCAGCAAAGUAUCGACUCGGCGGACGAGACGACAGCCGAGCCCCCCAUCGUUGUAUGACCCGCAUCAUGUAGGGUUUUGUUGCCGGGCAAGCAGAGGGUUGCCUUCACGGGCCAUUGCCCCGCCAAACAUCCCGAAGAGAACAUCGUCUAUGCGCGGAAGCUGGAGCUCCCUCGAGUAG